AUGAAGACUGGAUUAAUUGUUUGUAUCCUUGCGGCGGUGACUGCUUACUCAGCGAGCCACGAAGCACCUUACACGUCAAAGCCGUCUAGCGUUGGACAUGCCGUCAACAACCUCGAAAAAACCCUCGAAUUUUUCCACGGCGUCGUGGGCCUCGAAAUCUUACACCAAGACAAGAGGCCCGUUUACGAUGAGGCAUACGGGAGGCUUACAGCCACACGCGGUGCGACGUACAAGAUGGCUGUAGUCGCCAUCCCCAACCAGGACUGGACGUUGAACCUGGUCGAGUACAUGGGGAUCUCCAAGAAGCAGAUCAAGCAGCGUGAGAAGGACCCAGCGGCUCCGGCGCUGACCCUCACGGUGAAGAACGCAACCGCCAUCAAUAACGCCUUGCGCAGAGCCAACGUGUCCACCAUCGACGGCUCUCCUAUCCCAAAGGGUGGCGCCGAGGGAACCACUUCCACGGUCUGGGUGUACGAUCCAGAUGGGUACAUGGUCGAGCUCGUCCAGCGCAGCGGCCCCUCCGAUUACUUCACUGUCUCCGAGCCUAACAUUACCGACGGGCCCGGCAUGGAAUACGUCAUUCGCGGCCAGCUCGACCUCACCAUGUACAACGUCACGGGGGCCCUCACAUUCUACAGAGAUAUCCUCGGGCAGAACAUCAGCCGAGGCUUCGAGCCCCUUAUUGGUACAGGAUACGAGAAGGUCGGCGGCCUCGGAGGUCUCUUCAACUUGUCCACCGACACGUACUGGGCUGCUGUUACCGGGAACUGCGACCCUGAAACGAGGUGUGAGUACUAUGAGUAUGAUGAUCCGAGCAGGGUGUCUAUUAUCUAUCCGACACAGGACCCUGGUGUUGGCAUGACUACUUAUAGCGUCCAGAACUUGGAUGCCAUUGCAGACAAGGUCAAGGCUGCCAAGAUUAAGGUCAUUACGGAAGGAGACAGGCCUGUAUGGGUCGAUGGCAAGAAAAGUAUUCUUGUGCGAGACCCGGCUGGCUACCUCGUACGACUUUACCAAGCUUGUUAG